GGGUGAUCAUCUCGACAUGAACUAGACGUGCGCCAUUUGACGUGUGGCUUCCGCAAGAAAAACCCCUGGAAUAUGGCAGGGCAGAUCAACGAGGCGCCGAUCUUAUCAACGCCAGAGAGUCAUAUCCUCAGUGAGACCAUCGACGAUGUCGUUCUUCACCCACCAGACGCUUUGACGGACGAUCAGAUACACACACGUUAUGAAAUUCAGAGAACCUUGGUUGAGAUUCGGCAGCAAUCAUGGCGGCGGGUAGCACUACAGUUUCCGGACCACAUGCUACCUCACUCGUCGCGAGUGUUUCAGAUGCUCUCACGGGGAUUGCGCGGUGCUAAUGCCACCCAGCAGUUUAAGGAGCCAGUCAUGCCGGCCGAUACUAAUAUUCAAGGCCUGUCUCUCCAAGACAAUGGACCUGUGAAGCUGACGAUCCUUGGCGAUACGUCGUACGGGUCAUGCUGUGUGGACGAGGUUGCUGCAGAGCACACUGACGCGGAUGCGGUCAUUCACUAUGGAAGGGCAUGUCUUUCACCCACAGCGAGGCUACCGGUGCUGCACAUCUUCACAGUCAUGAAUCUAGACCACCAAGACGUGAUUAGCCAAUUUCAGGGUCAUUUCCCAGAUCUAGGUGCCAAAGUCAUCCUCACUGCUGAUGCUCCGUAUGCGACUCAUGUCGAGCCUAUUACACAAAUACUGGUCGAAGCAGGCUAUCAGAGCGUGUUUGCUGCAUCCAUUGUUCAUGAUCCUUCAUCCUCCAUCCCCAAUCGCACGGUUCCCAGUUCUGUUGAUGAAGAUGCCACCACACUCUCUGAAUGGCACCUCUUUCACAUCUCAGAGCCACCGACUGCAUUGCUACUGACCUUGACCUCGCGGGUGGCCAGCGUCAAGAUCUUCCACACUUCAAACCAAGCAAGCGGUAGACCUGACGUCGAUCGGCCAACUCAAAUGCUUCUCCGUCGGCGAUACGCUUUGAUCACGUCACUGUCCACUGUGUCGACGUGGGGAAUCUUGAUCAACACCCUUUCAGUGAAGAACUAUCUGAGCAUUCUGGAUCACAUCAGGCGGCUGGUCUCCUCGGCAGGCAAAAAGUCGUAUUUGGUGGUGGUGGGAAAACUCAACCCGUCCAAAGUGGCCAACUUUUCCGAAAUUGGGGGAUGGGUCGUGAUUGGAUGUUGGGAAAGUUCACUGAUCGAUAGCAAAGAAUUCUACCGACCAGUCAUUACACCUUUCGAGUUGGAAUUGGCACUCAAGAGCGACGAGGAGCGAGUAUGGACAGGUCAGUGGCGAGGCGAUUUUCAGAACGUGUUAGAGUCGGCAUCAAAGGCUGUGCCUAGGCACGCAGGGAGGGAUGAUCCAAGGCAUGCCUCUGAAGAGCGUGUUGGGGACGAUGAAGACGACGAUUGGGAAUCAGAACCACCUGAGUUCGACCUUCGAACGGGUCGAUACAUCUCUCGCACUAGACCGAUGCAAAGCAGUCGCACAGUGGGAUCAAAUCCGUCGUCCACGGUGAUCAAGCUUCAACGAAGCGACCUUGUGACGGUCAAUGGCGUCGCCUCACCUGCGGCUGAAUACCUCUCUCAACAGCGCACGUGGAGAGGAUUGGGUAGCGACAUGGAGGUCCGGUACGAGGAGUCCAAUGUUGGUAAUGCGAUCGAGGAAGGACGGUCAGGUGUGGCGAGAGGUUACACGGUGGGCGAGUCGACUAGAUCAUGAACACCGGUGAGGCUGCCUCUACCAGUCAUGGCUAUGCUUACAUUUGUAGUUUGGACACGAAUGGACGACAUAGAUUAAACAGAGGGUUCACCAACAGGCUAG